AUGGAGGCGCUAGAGGCGCUAGGCGGCGAGCCGAUGGCGCGGGACCCCGAUCGGCGCGUCAGCAUCGCGCCGCAGACAUCUCGCUCAUUAUCAGACUCGACGGCCGAGCUACCACCGCCCGUGACCGUGCUCCCGGCCGUGAGGCGGAGCCGCAUCGUGAGCCCGGCGCCUCCGCGCACGCCGCGGCCUGAAAAGAGCAGCACCACCGGCGAUUUCAUCGCGACGCUCAAGGCGCGGUACCCCAAGGGCACCGUCGCGCACUCGCGCUUCACGAAGGCACUAUCCAUCUACGCGGCGAGCUCCCGCGACGCGGCGGCCGCGCAACUGCUCUCGCAGGAGGUCGGAGACAUUUUCGUGGACGAGCCGGGCCUCGCCCGGGCCUUCCAGUCGUUCUUCGAUGAGCCGGGCGCCGACCCGAGGCGCAUGUCGCUCGACACCCCGGUCAAGUCGCCGACCCUGCUGGACGUGCUCAACGCCGCGCCGCCGCCCCUGGGCGCGCGCGUCAACGGCAAAGGCGAGACGGUCGUCCGCUUAAAGGCACCGCCCAAGGCCAAGCCGCCCCAAGACAAGCACAACCUCGUCGGCCGCGAGGUGCGCAAGCCCUACUCGGAGUGGUGCUAUUCCGAAUGGCACUUCGGCGACGUCGUGCGCUGCAGCAGGCCGGGCCACUACGUCAUCGCCUGGGACGAGCGGACCGGCCCCGAGACGUACGACACACGUCAAGUCAUCACGAUGCUCUCGCCCGAUAGUGAUGAGAUCACCGACGCAGUACAAUACCGCGAGAAGUACGAGGCGUUUCCGGUCGGGACGCGCGUCGAGGUCUGGUGGAGCGAGUCCGGCAACCCCGAGGAUGGUGGGUGGUGGGACGCCGUCGUCUCAUACGCCGGCGACGUCUACGAGGUCGAGUGGAUCGACGACCCGGGCGUCUUCCACCGCGCGGACUUUCAGGCCGUCCGGGCGCCGGGAUCGUCCCCCGCCCGCGGUGCCGCGCCGAAGAAGGCCCCCGUAUGGUCGCCCAACGCGCGCGCCGCGCCGGCGGCCUCCUACGCCAUGCUCGGGUUCGGUCAGCCCGCGGCACCCGAGCAGAAUUCCGAGCAGGCGCCGCCGCCGGCGACCGGCUCCGGCCGCGCGGCCAAGCAAGAGGCGGCGCGGCGCAUCCGCGAGCAGUCGUAG